AUGGAUGAAGGUCAAGUUAUCGACAAAGCUCUAGGGUUUGAAGGUUCAAACUAUGAUGCUUGGAAAACUAGAAUGGAAGCCUUCUUAAUGUCUCAGCGCUAUGAUGUUUGGCAUGCUACCGUAUAUGGUGUUGUGAUUCUUAAUCCUGAUAACCCCUCUGUUGAAGAUAAAUUGGUUGUGGUUAAUGAUGGCAAAUCCAAACAUGUUCUCUUUUUUGCCUUGAGGCAACAAGAGUUUACCAGAGUUAAAAAUUGUAAAACAGCCAAGGAAAUGUGGGAUUCUCUUCAGGCAACUCAUGAGGUAAAUAAGGUUAUUAAGGAGAACAAGAUACAUCUAUUCAAAGUUCAAUAUGAGGUCUGUAAGAUGGAAGAAAGAGAAACUGUUGCUGAGUACAUGUUUAGGAUCAAUGACCUUGUUAACAAUAUGAGAGAUCUUGGUGAAGAUAUUAAGGAUGUUGAUGUUUGUAAGAAUAUAUUAAGGUCACUCACUUCUAGAUUCAAUCCUAAAGUGACAAUUCUCGAAGAGAAAGGUCUUUCUAAAGUGAAGAUGGAUGAGCUUCAGGCCUCUCCCACUGCCUAUGAAAUGAGAAUUAGUGUUCUAGCUGUUCAUAGAAGAGAAACUGCUCUUAAAGCAAAGGAAGUUAUUGAAGAAACUGAAACAAAGUCUGAAGAUGAUCUUAAAGAAGAUGAGGUAGUCUACCUUGCUAAGAAAUUCAGGAAGUUUAGGUUUAAAAAGAAGAAUCAGCUGCAAAAUUUAACCUGUUAUGGUUGUGGAAAACCUAGUCAUGUUGUAUCUAAUUGUCCAAACUCAAAGGGGCAAAGUCAGAAAAAGAAUGAGGGAGGAAACUACAAAGGAAGGUUUGGUGGAAAAGCACUUAUCUCAGAUUGGGAUACAGUUCCUGAAGAAGAUAAACCUAAGGAGACACAAGAUGAUGAAUGUCUCUUUAUGGCAAUUCUCGUGGCACCACAAACUCCAGUUCAAGUUGAAGAAGAUAGUGGCACUGAGAUUAAGGAAAUUCUUGAAGAAUGUGAAAGACUUGUAGUAACGUGUAAUCAACAGAAAUCCCAGAUAAAAAGGCUCAAUCCAGAAUUGUUAAAGUCCAAACAAAUUCUCACUAAACACUUCAAACUAAAACUGUCAAUGCUGUAUUCAGUUUCUCUUAUUUUUCAAAGCCUAUUGAAAUCUCAAGUCAACACUCAGUGGUCUACUAAGAAGUGUAAAGAAGAACUAUCUCUCAUUCUUGAAGAAAGAUCCCUAAAGAUGGCUAAGAUCUGGAAGCAAUCCACAAAGCAAAUUGGGAAGACUGGAAUUGGCUAUGUGUGUGAUUCAGCCACAAAGGUCAAUCAAACUCACUCUGUAUUUGUCAAAGCCACAACUGGUGAAGUGUGUGCAAGGUUUCCUAUCAUAAAGCCUUAG